AUGCAUACUUACUGGGGGAACAAAACGAGACGUUUCAGUAUUCUGCCUCCGCAGUCCUCUACGAGUCUCCUCGUCUAGCGAUCAUUCUUACACGGUAGUGGAGAGAGCGAGGGAAAUGAGCACUGGUGGCGGUAGCCAAGACGGAGAAGAUUUAUGGGCAACAGUCGCAAGAGCAGCGGAUGAUCUCUAUGCUCUUCGGGACACCUAUUUCCCGUCAAAUCCGCUUGACAAAAUCUCGAAAUUGCAAACACAAUCCGAUCUCUCUCUCAGCCUCCUUGAUUCCAUUCCUAUCGAACAAAGGAAAUCAUCCAUACAACGUGCAACAUAUGAGUAUUUAAGAGGAAAGAUACUGGAUGUAUUACCUGAGUAUAGGAAAGAAGCAGAGGACCAUCUCUCAAAAGCUGUCAAGUUGAAUCCAUCUCUUGCUGAUGCUUGGCUGUGUUUGGGUAACUGCAUUUGGAAGAAGGGAGAUCUAUCCUCAGCAAAGAAUUGUUUCAAUCUUGCACUGAGCAAGGGUCCAAACAAGAAGAUACUUUGCCUUUUAUCCAUGCUUGAAAGAAGAAUGGCACAAGGUGCUGAAAAUCAGGCUAAACUUGUCGAGGAAAGCAUUCAACAUGCCAAGAAUGCUAUCUCUUUAGAUGUGAAGGAUGGGUACUCUUGGUACAACCUAGGAAAUGCAUUCUUGACAAGUUUUUUCAUGACUGGAGCAUGGGAUCAUAGCAAGCUUCUACAAGCUUUAAAAGCGUACCAGAAUGCGGAGAAAGAUGAGGGAAUGAAGUCCAAUCCAGACCUUUAUUUUAACUCAGCUACAGUCAACAAAUACUUAGAGAAUUAUGAGAGGGCUCUUAGUGGAUUUGAAGCUGCUGCCUUGAAGGAUCCUAGUCUCAAUGCUACCGAGGAGGUUCAAAAGAUGGUUAAUCUUCUGGAUAAGUUAGAGAAUUUGUUGCGGGGACAAGCUAGAGCUAAACGACUUGCAUCUAUGGCUUCAUCUUUGGCAGCUGUUAAUUUUAAUUCAUCAUAUAAAAGAAUCACUGUUGAUCUGUUGUUGGAUGGCCUCAACAAAGCAGUAGCCGUAGCGGGGAAAGUUCUUCUUUUUGUUAAGCAUGAUAAUGUCACUCCCCUAUACUAUUUGGUGUGUGACUCAAAUCAAAUAUGCUUUGUUCUAUCUGUGUAUGGCAUAAGCAAUGAUGCGAUUAAAGAAGGAGAUCAGCUAACACUAUUGGAGCCUCAUUAUCAUUUUGUUGAUUUUGCUUGGAAGGAAAAGCAUUACCAUUUCAAAUCAAUUCGCGUGGAUUUCAUAGAGCAAGUUCUUGUGAAUGGGAAAGCUCUGUUGCCGAAUCAGGCAGUUCGAUCAUCAAUUUAUGCUCAACAUAAGCCAUGAAAAGUUGUUUCAAGUAUAUUGAGAGUUUUGUACUUAAAAGUGGAGUUUUGUUGAUCUUUUCAUUGAUUUGUUUGAUGUGUUGUUGUAAAUAGAUUAGUGGAUAGAGAAGCAAAAAGAAAUGCAUGAGUAUAGAUUCUUGCUCAAGUUAAAUUCAAAUCGUCCAACUGAAAAAAAAAAAGGGAUUCAAACACCGUAUUGAGAUCUUCAUGCGUUUGUUUA